AUGGCACCGGCACCCGCCCCAGCGGGCAAUAGAGGAAACGGAUCGCGAAACCUAAGAGAUAUGAUGGCACCAAGCACCACCAAUAACACCUCCGAGACCUCCCGACCUCCAACCCCAGCACCAGCAACAGCGAUACCAACACAAAGCAGACGCACGCCACCCAAAUUGACAACUCCGGAGAUCAUAGCUCUGAACAACGAAGUUAUCAAUGCGACGACAGGCAAAGCUUACUUGGAACGUAUCGCCCUCGCUAUCAGUGGGAAACCAUACACAAUAGAUGCUAUAUCCGAAAUACUCCUACACACAACUCAGCUAACCGGCAUAUCCCUCCCAGCACAAACAGCAAUUCGUGCAGUGGCUUUCGUUCUGAAGGAAGUCGUAACAGAUGAAACCACUGAAAUCAUAGCAAGACAUGUCACAGCCGCGAUAUCUCCCCACAUAGCUAAGCUACAAGAUACUGAAGAAAAACUAACGAAAUUAUCCACAGAUAUAAACGCAACAUCGGCCUCCCAAACCUGCAACUAG